AUGAAAAACCCCUCUUGGUAGUAGAUAAGUAAGGACCUCUUAAAUGAUGAUUCAAGAUCUAUGAAAAAAAUAAAGAGCUAGAGAGUAUUAGAAGGCAAAUAGUUUGUCAGGUAGCAGAUAAAACAAUGGAAAAAUGAUAUUAAGAAUUAAACUCCAGCAAACAUUAAAGAUCUAGAGGGAUAUUUUAGAAAUGAAAAUAUCUCUUUAGGAUAACCAGAUGCAUUAGGAUACUUUACCCAAAGAAAAAGUUCAAUAAACGAUGACACAACUGAAAAAAUAAUCUCAAUAGAAAAUCGAAAAGCUUACAAUAUGAGACAUAGUCUUGAUUUAACUUCAAGAAAUAAGACCAAGGAAGAAUUAAAUUCCAUGAAAAUGUUGCAAAAUGUUAAAUUUUAUAACUUCUUUAGAGACUUUGAAUUUCCAAACAACAGCGUAGACAUCAAAGAAUUUAUAACUAAUAACUAGUAGCAGAGGCCUUUUAAGUAAAUCUAUAAUAUAUUGGAUAAAUAUUUUGUUGCACACGGAAAUAAACUACACAAGACAAAAGAAGAUUUUGAGAACAUAAAUUAAUAAUAUAAGAAGAAUGCUAUAAUGAACUAAAGAGAUCAAUAUGUAGUACUAGAAGAAUGGUUCAAUUUUAUGAUUAAGAAAUAUAAGGAGUACCCAUUUGAUCAGUUAUUAGUUGUAGCAUUUGCUAUGGGCGAUUUAAUUCAAAUGGAAUUCUUAGCCUGCAACCAAAAGGCUUAAGUCCUCUUAAAAAUUCUGCAAUUUUUCCUAAGUAAUCAAUUGAGAUAGUUUGAUAAAGAUGACACAAAAGAUUUGGAGAUUCAAAAAUUAAAUAGAAAAUUAGAACAUAAAAAAAGUUAUAUUACUAAACAAGAUGAUAGAAUAAUGAAGCUAAGAAGGCAACUUAGAGAAACUGAGAAAAAGCUUGAAGAAUCAGAAUAAAAAUACUAAAAGCUAUACGAUAAAAAUGAGGUACUAGAAAGUAAAUAUGAAUAUGAGCAUAGAAUAAUGGAAUAGAAAUUCGAAUAAGAAUUGGAAGAAAUGAAAAGAGCCAGCGAAGAAUAAAAGAUGAUUAUAGCCGAGACACUAGAAACAAUGGUAUUAAUAAAGCAAGAUGCUAGCAAAUAGAUAUAAUAGUAGACUGAGGAAUAAAAACAAAAAGCGAAGGAGAGACUUUACAAGAAAAAACUAGGAAAAUAAGAUAGUAUGACAAUCGAUUUAAAGAAGAAAAAUAAAUAGUCAAAUCAAGAAAUAAAUGAAUUAUAGCUUGACUAAGAGCUUUAAAAUAAGAUAAAUAACAUACUUGACUAAAAAACUGAGGAGGAAGGAAAACCUAAAAGAAAAUUGAGGCUUAGAACCAAAUUGAAAAGGGAUGGUUCAAAUGACUCUAUUAUGCAGAUAUGUGAUUAAGAGAUUUAAACUGAUUAAGCUACUCUAGUAGAUUAAGAGACCUUAGUCAUACCAAUGGAGCUAUCAAAAGAUUUUGGUGCCUAAAUCACUCCUCAAAUGACAUAUUAUUAUAAAGCUUAAACUUAAACUGAAUCAGUUACAGUAAAGCCGGUUGUUACUGCUAAUGAAAAUGCUACCUAAUGUGAUGAUGAUUUAAUACAAUAGCUAAUUCAGGAUAAGGUAAACGAGCAUAUUAUGCAAAUUGAGGAAGAAUAAAGGAUUUUGGAUGAUUUAAGAGAUGAAAUGGAUUCAGAUGAUUAUAAUAAUGACGAAGCAAUCGGUGAUUUCCGACCAGAAAAGACUGGGCAAAACAUUUUUACAGAUGGUUAAAGAACAGCAAAUAAUUUUAAUACUUCAUAGCAUAGCUAUUUAAGUCAAAAUCAAAAGCAAGUCAAAAAUAAUCUGAAACUAACUUAAUAAAAUAGCUCAAAUCGAUAAGGUUAAUAACAAAAAAUUCCUUAAUUAGGACAAACAAAGAGUAGAUAAGUAUCAUAAGAAGAUAACAAAAAUGAUACCACAAAAUCACCACAGAAAAAUAUUGACAAAUAAGUAAUGAGAGAUUAGAUAAAAAGAGAAAUGAUGAGAGCAAGUGGUGCUAAUUCAAAUGCCACACCAUCUGUUAAUAAAUAUCUAUACAAACCCUCUUUGUAACAUUAAUCACUUAUUACUCCAAACAAAUAAAUAAAAUAAAGUUAGAAUUAGCUUAUCGAAAGCAUAAAGAAACUGGCAAAUGGUAAUAACAGCAUUUCCCUAGAAUAGAUAAUGGAGUUGAUAAAUUAAAAUCCUUCAAUUUUUUAGAUUAAUCAGCAGCCUCCUAGUCCAACUAAGUCUUAAAAAUCUUUUAACCUACAAAGCUAGUCUCUUGCAUUAAAGCGAUAUGCUACUUAACUUUAAAAAGAAAAGUUACAGGUAGAAUAAUAAAAAAUAGUAACUGAAUUGCUGAAGACAAGCUUAGUUUAAAAUGAGAACAAAAAUGAAUAGAAAGAGAAUAAUAAUGUUAGCUUUGAGAAUGCUGUAAAGAAUGAUAAAAGUAUGGAACAAUUGACUUAAUAAUUUGAAUUUCAAAUAAAAAAAUCUAAUAGUCCAGUCUUGAAUGCUCUGCUAGACACCUCUGAUAUUAAAAAAUUAUUUAGAUUGGUGCUGAAGGAUACAAAGUAAUAGUAAGAUAAGGAUUAAAGUCAAGGACCAACUCAAGAUAAAACUAAUUUUUUCGAAAGACUAGCAGCUCCAUCAUAAGAUUUUGAGAAAGGCUCUAAUUUGCUUGGGGGUAAUAAGAAUGUUCCAUAGUUUAAUAACUAGAUUAUUUCGAGAAACCUUCAGUCUGAUUUGCAGAGAUAGAUUACUGAAGAAACUAUUGUGGAUACUCAAUAUGAAGAUGAAAUGAAAGACAUAAUGAUCAAUGAUAUUUAAAUAGCUCAAGUAGAAUUGCCUAAAAUUCUAAUGAAAGCCACUGAGAAAUUCAGAAAAAGUCUAACUAAACUUCCUAGAGAUGAGUUUGGAGACUUUAUAUUGCAUCAGAACGAAGACAUUGAUGACAAAGCUCAAAAUGCAAUUGAAAAAGGUAAAUAUCUCAAAGAAUGGAUCAAUUAAAUGUCUAAAGACAUCAGGACUGAAUAAUAAUCAAUGAUGACCAGAGAUGAAAGUUAGCAAAUAAUAACAGUUCCGGUAGCUAAGAGAAAUGCCUGUAUUCAAACUAAAUAGAUUAAGGAGAUUGACUCUAUAAAAGAGAUGAAGAUUAAUGAAAUUAUGCUACAUUUCGACAAGAGUCAAUAAGAGAUUGAGAUUAAAAAGAUUUUGAAUUAGGAAUAGAUGAGGAAGGAUUCAGACAGAGGAUUGAACACACAAUUAAUAAGCAUGAUAAAUUAACAUAAAAACAGGCAAGCAGAUCAAACCAUUUCUUAGUAUUUGGGAGUUGAUUCAGCUAUAAGUAAGAAAAGUAUUGAAAUUUAAAGACUUAAGGACAGAAUGUAAACUAUUAAUACUAACUAAAACAGAUUAUCCUUUCUAAUUCCAAAUUCAGCUGAAAAUCAACCUUUCAAGCAAGUUUCACAUCCCAUCAACUAAUUACUGCAGAAAUAUUUCUAUGCUGUUUAAAAAAAAGACUUUUCAUAUUUUUAGGGAACUUUGACUCUAUCUUUUAAACUUCUUAUCAAAAUAAUGAACUCAUAUUUGAACGAUAAGGGGAUAAUGGGUAGAGAUCAGCAUUCAGUUAAGAAUUAAAGGAUGUGCGAAUUCAUCUAUGAUUAAAAUAUGAAUAAAUUUGGAGUCGCUAAAUUAGCUGAGAAAAAAAUCAAGGAGAUAUUCCUAACAAUUUAUAAAGGCUAGGAAUCAAUUUACUAAUGCCAAUUUUACGUAAAACUACUUGGCUUGAAUCUCUAUGGAACUAAUUAUUCCAAUGAUGAUAUCUCUAUUAUUUUUAGAAUUAAUAUACUUUUCAAUAACAUAAAUGCAUUUGAAUAGACUAAGGUACACAGACAUAAUGCUAUCAACUUUGAUAAUGAGACUGUGAGAUGCGAUGUUUUAGUUCAAACUUACUUGGAAAUGUUUUAGUAUUACUUGAAUCAGGAUGAGGCGAAGCACUUUAUUGAGGAUAUGAGAGACUAUGUAAUUGACUUGUAUAAGAUUUAGGUUCAACCAGCUAAUCGCAGCAAAAUGGAUUUCAAAGACUUUAAGGUUAAGAGUGAGAAGGCCUACGACAUAUUUAUAUCCAAGUACUAGUAUAUAAAGUUGCAUAUCUUGCGUAUAAUGAUCGAAUUGAAAGUCUUUGCAGAGCAGUUUGACAAAGAAACCACUAUCAAUAUUAAAUCUAUCCAACAUAUUAAUGUCAGUUUGCAGUAGUUCCAAGAAAUAGUACUUAGAGUCUCUCGAAAAGCUAAGGUUUAGAGUGACAUUCUUUUAAAGUAUUUUGAAAGGAAUAAGUUUAUAAGUUACAAUCAGGAUAAUGAUGGGGGUUCAGGUGCUUAUCCAAGGCAGCAUAACUCCAUAGGAGGGUUUGCAAUAAACCUAGAAAAGGUAGUAGCUUUUAUAUUCAGGUAUAAUCUAAUCACUAUAUGA